UCCCAACCACACAAACCGACCGCCGUCUCGCAAACAGUCAGCCCUCCCUCAAUCUUGCCCACUAUUUCAACACCACGCCUCGGCCUGCACGAACGAACGUAUCCCUCUCCAUCCCUUGCCUACACUACCCGACAGACACUCUCCCUCCAUACUUCUGCGACAGACAACAUGGCCGCCACCUACUUCUCGCAAUUCGCCGCCUUCACGCCCAACCCCAGCGCGCGCUUCAACGCGCAACUCGCCGCCCUAGCGCAGCACCAAAACUGGUCCAAGGCAGAGAAAAAGCAGCGCCGCGGCGAAGCCAUCGAAGCCGAGUUCCACGACCUCUACGGCACCGACUACGGCCGCCUGGACAAAUGGCAGGAGCUGUGCCAGGACGUUGGCGUUGACGCCGUGCCCAGCACGGUUGGCGGGUGCAAGAAGGCGCUGAAGACUGCGAUGGUCAACAUCGUCAACCUGAUCGAUCACAAGCGGACGGGCGCUCCGCUCAAGCAAUUCGGCUCGUACAAAGAGUUCCGCAAGUACACGAUGGAUGGGCGCACGCUUGCGAAGGAGAAGGCGAAGCGGAAUGCGUUCCUCAGGGUGCUUCUUCGGGUCGUUGUCUAA